AUGGGUGCAGGUAUCCUGUAUAUCUGAACGGCGCUGCGUAUGAAUCCAGACAACGAAGAAAUCCAAGUCAUUGAUGAUGAGCUCAUUGCGACUGCUCUUCGCGAGACUAUAUCGACCAAAUCACCUAUGGAUGCAACCACAAAGGAGUUGAGCGCAAGUGCCCUUGCGGAUAUGGUCGCGGAAGCGACAGAAUUAAGUUUAUCAUUCAAAAACGUUCUCAAAAUAGAUAAUCUACAGGGCUUCCAGACGCUCCGAAAGCUGUGCCUUGACAACAAUAUUAUCAAAUCCAUAAACAACUUAGGCCACCUAACUAAUUUAACAUGGCUGGAUCUCUCUUUCAACUGCAUCACUAAAAUAGAUGGUUUGGAGAAGCUAGAAAAGCUCACAGAUUUGUCAUUAUUCAAUAAUUUGAUCACGGAUAUCGAAGGGUUGGAGCAGUGCAAAAUCCUGCAGUGUUUAUCUCUGGGAAAUAACAAUAUCACUGCUCUUGAUAGCAUUGUCAGACUGCGCUGCUUCAGAAAUCUACAACUACUCAACCUAGAAGGCAACCCUGUGUCUAGAGAAGGCGAGUACCGCAUGUAUGUUCUGGCGUAUCUGAAUGAUCUCACGUACCUUGAUUAUUCCAUGGUGAUGAAGACCGAGACUGUUGCAGCUCGAGAACAAUACCAAGACGAGCUUCUCGACGUUGAGGAGAAAGAAGCCCUAGAAGAAGAAAAGGCCACGAGAGAGCUCGCUGCGGCGAAGCAUACCUUGAAAUUACGUGAUGCGAACUUAGCUGCAGUCGAAACUAUCUUUGAUGACAUGUUUGCAGAUGAUACAGAAAUGGCCAAACUAAAGCAUCUACCUGGAAUCAGUGACAUCAUAAAUUCAUUCCAGAGUGAAGUUGAGUCAGCCUCGGAUUUAUUCUUACAGACAGGCCUGGCCCGUGAUCAGCAGAAGAGGCACGAGCAGAGCCAAUUCGAGCUGGCUUUGCACAGACUGCGUGUGAAAUACGCAAGUGAGUCGGUGCACAUGAUGGAGGACUUCGGGCGUACCAAAAAGAGGUCUCUGAAGUUAUUAGCAGCUCAGCAACACGUAGAGUUGAUCGAUCUCGAUCCCCUUCAGGCCACACUCAGUAGUUUAAUAAGCUCGCUAAUGGACUUAGAAAUGAGGCAAGUUGAACAAUGUGAAGAAAUCAUCGGAGAAUAUGAAACUAAAUAUUUCGAGAUUAAGCAAGCAUGCUUGGAUGGCCAGCAGAACUACUUCCGACUUGUGGAAGAACAUGAAAACAACUACACUCGUGAUCUUAUGCAACUUGUAAACGAACUUCUGGAAAAGGCGAUCAAGGAGGAACUACCUGAAGAUCUCCCGGAUGAGGCUAACUCACUGCUAAUAGACCGAAGAUUGUACCGCCGCGAGGACGAAGCAAAACAUAACGAAGAAUUGCUUUUUAAACUUGCGCUCAAGAAGUAUCGCGAAGAAGAACACAAUCGGAGUCGAAAUCGCAUCAUGGAACUCAAGUCGUUUGAAGAAGGCUGCUUCAGUGACUUAAAGGAAUUGAUCACUCAGGAGAUAGACGACGAAGCCGACGGUGAUCCAGAUUAGACUCCGGUGCCGCUGCAGCCAGCGCAGCUGCUCACCGGGUCCUCUUGUUAGCUAUAUCCGGCUAUGGUU